CGGCGGCGCGUGCCAUGCGCGCGGGGGGGCGGGCCCGGCGGCGUUAACCCUUCCGUGACCGGUGACCGGCGGCGGCGACCCCCGGGGGCUCGGCCCCGCGCCAUGGCCCAGGCGGCUUGAGCCGGAGGAGGGGGGGGCGGCCCCAUGCGGCGCGUGUAGCGCCCGUCCCCGAGGGAGCGGAGCGCGAUGGCUGACACGGUGCCCGCCGAGCCGCAGCCUCAGGGCGAAGCGGAGCCCCGCUGCGAGCCCGGGCCGGAGCCGCGGCCGGAGCCCCAGCCGGAGCCAGACCGCGGCGGCGCGGAGGAUGGCGAGGCCGAGCGGCUGCCGCCCCCCGGGGCGGAGGAGGCGGCAGCGGGAGGCGCCGAGGGGCGGCCGCCGGCGGCGGGUGGAGCGGCGCGUCCUGGCCUGGGCCCGCGGUACCGGGCGGCGGUGGGCCGAGCUGAGGAGUGGCCGGUGAAGAAGAAGCACCGUCGGCGGCCGUCUAAGAAGAAGCGUCGCUGGAAGCCAUACUCGAAGUUGAGCUGGGAGGAGAAGCAGCAGUUCGACGAGCGGCAGAGCCUCCGCGCCUCCCGGCUGCGCGCCGAGAUGUUCGCCAAGGGGCAGCCGGUGGCUCCCUACAACACGACGCAGUUCCUGAUGGAGGACCACGACCAGGAGGAGCCCGACUUGAAAACGGGGCUGUACCCGCGGCGAGCGGCCGCCAAGUCGGACGACACGAGCGAGGAGGAUUUCCUGGAGGAAGCGGCGGACGAGGACGGGGGAAGCGACGGGAUGGGGGGUGACGGCAGCGAGUUUCUGCAGAGGGACUUCUCGGAGACAUACGAGCGGUACCAUGUGGAGAGCCUGCAGAACAUGAGCAAGCAGGAGCUGGUGAAGGAAUACCUGGAGCUGGAGAAAUGCCUUUCCCGUAUGGAAGAGGAGAACAACCGGCUGAGGAUGGAGAGCAAAAAACACGGGGGGGAGGCGGCGGAGGCGGCGCGGGUGCGGCAGCUGGAGCUCGAGGUGGACAGGUUGAGAGCCGAGAACCUGCGGCUGCAGCGGGAGCGGGACCCGCCCCGCGCCGAGAAGGGCCCCUGCAAGCCGGGGGAGUGACCGGGCCCGGCCCCGAGCACCGGGCGGGGGGGGGGGAGGCGGAGGGAGAGGGGGGGUGGGGAGGGGGUUGAUGUGUUGGUGGUUUCGGGUUUAUGAUUUUAUUAUAUUUUUUUUUUUCUGUGUCUAAACCAAAAAGUGGAAAAAAAAAAAAAAACCCAAGAAAAAAAAAACCUCCCCAGGAAAGCUGUAAAUUGGCCCAAACUGACUAUAAAAAACAAAACAAAAAAAAAAUAGGUCUAAUAAAUUUAAUUACUUGUAACUG